AUGAUUGUUGUUAUUCACUUUGUCUUCACUCAAUGUAAUAUAAUGAUUAACAUUUUGACGCUUGAAGUGCCUCGACAUUUAUGGGGACCGCAUAAAUUAGGAGGAAUUUGGGCCGGUGUUCACACGACACUUGGCGGACAUCAAUCCCCAUGGAGUAAUCCGGGUGUUCAACCAAAAAAGAAAUACACAGGAGUUGAUCAAUUUGGAAGACCCCAUGAAUGGGGAGUCUCUCUCAACAGUUAUUAUCCAUGGAGUCGUAAACUGAAAAUUGAACGGAAGAAAAUAAAAUGC